UUGAUAUAGCGAAGUGAAAAAAAAGUUAAUGAACGAAUGUACUUCUUCUCCUCGUGAACGAAAUGAGUUAGGGAGAAAAAUAAUAGUAAGUAUUUAUGAGAGAGCUUGUAGGAUGGUUCACUAAUACGAAACGAUGACAGCCACUUUUGAAGCAUAUCAUGGAACAUCUCUAAAACUCAAAUAACCCUUGAAAUUCUACUUAAUCGAAGUCAUGUAUGCAGAAAGAAUAUCGUUUUGUAAUGAUAAAUGGAACACCUUACAUGUUAUGGUAAAUUUCUAGCUUUUACCCUAUGGUUGAGCUACAUGGCAUUGUUGGGAAAGAAAUGUCGGAGGAAGAUCUUGUGGAUGGAGGAUAAUGAUAGGAAAUGUAACGAGGAAUCUCAAUGAGGACGAGAUGAUAGAAUUUAGAUACUAAUUCUUGUUAUUGAACCAUGGUUCGAUUCCUAAUUGAAGGAAGAUGGAAUUGUGUGUUUGGCUAGAAUUGUCGAACUAUUUCCCUUUCAUGAUUACUGGGCAACAAACAACUUUUAUAGAGGGUCGACAAAUUCUUGAUGCAUUCCUCAUGACAGAACUUAGAGAUGAAUGUGAAAGAAAGAAGGAAACAAAAAGGUACAAUCAUUAAACUUGACAUGGAAAAGGCAUUUGACAAGUUCGAUUGGACUUUUCUCGAAAACAUUAUUGUAGGAUUCAUUUCAUCCACAAACUUCUCCAUCAUCAUCAAUAAAAGAUCAUGAGGAAAGAUCUUUGCCACACAGAGUCUUCGACAAGGGGACUCACUAUCCCCUUUUCUUUUCAUAAUGAUAAUGAAUUGCCUCGGUCUUUUACUCACAAAGGUUGAAUACGAAAGACAAAUAUAAGGCUUUCAGGUUAGUAAUGAAGGCUUAAGCAUCAACCACCUUCAGUUUGCGGAUGGAUACAAUCCUCUUCUCUGAUUUGUCUAAUGUAUCUUCCAUAAAAAUCAUGAUUAAGACAAUAAAAUUCUUCGAAAGAUUCUGUAGACAAAAUCUCAAUCUCCAAAAAAAUAGAGAUUAUGGGCAUCAAUUUUAGCAUAUGGAUGAUUGAAGUCUUUGCAGCAAAUACGGUUGUGAAAAGGGUGAACGAUCGAAUAUGUACAUAGGAUUACCCGGGAACUGACUAUAAAUCAUUUUCCUUCUGGAAAACCAUUAUUAAAAAAAAAAUAGAAAAAAGGUUGUCAACGUUAUAACUUCCAAAGGCGGAAGGCUCGCCCUAAUACAAGCCACACUGUCCAACUUCCCCUUUAGCUACAUUUCUCUAUUCGAAAUGCCACAAAAAGUGGCUACAGAAAUAGAAAGACAUCGUUGAUAGACUCAUCCUACAAAAUCUUUGAUUAUGGACAUAGGGAAAAAAGUAGAAGCAAUAAAUCCCACGCUAGCAAAGACAAUAUGGAAAGGACAUCACCCUAAAAAACUGAAGUUUUUCCUUUGAAAAAUAGCGUAUAAAGCCAUUACCUGACUCUGUUUCCAAAUUGGUGCCCAUUAUGUAAGAAAGACAACAAUCACAAAGCCACUUAUUUAUGCAUCGCAUAUACGCUCAGUUUUGGACAAAGAUUCUGUAUAUCUUAGGAUGACAUCUCACUUUUCCCAGGGAGGUAAACGAUUUAUUGGGCAUGACCUUAACGUACCACUCUUUCAAGAAUGCAAAAGCCCUACUAUGAAAAAAAAUCUCAUCAUUGCUUUCUUUUGGAAUUUGUGAAAAUAAAGAAAUAAAAAAGUAUUCAUAGAAAAGAAAAGACACAAGCUUAUAGAAAACUCUUCAACAAUGUUGUUUAUCAUGCUAUAUUUGGGUGCAAAUUGUCUAGUAUCUUUGCUUCCUUUAGUCAUAUCUCCGUCUUUGUAAAUUGGGAAGGUCUUUUGUAAACACCAUGGAUAAUAGUCUAAGCUACUUGCUCGCGAGGGGAUGAGGCAUAAGGGAUAAGGGAUAAGCUUCAUCAUUGAGGUAUAGAUAGUCUAAGUUACUUGCUAGGGCCACUAAUGAUAAAAUGAGCUAGGGUGCAGUGGAGAGGAGGUUUGCCUUGAACAUAUGGUUAGAAGGGUCGAAUAUUCUUGAAAAAUACCAAAAAGAAUCUUUUAUGCAAAUAUUCAUGUGCUACCUAAAGGCUCCUAUAGUAUGAAAGAGUGAAUAGGUUAUUUCGUUUUUUGAACCUCUACUGGAUGAAUAUGCUACCUAAAUGCUCCUUGGUGUGAUAGGGAGACAGGAAAUCGAGCCUGCAUUAAUGUAAACUUCUAGAGAUUGGUUUUAGUCGUGUUGAAAAUGAGGCCAUUUCGAGGAUCGUGCUUGACAUAUCUCAAUAUCUUAUACACAACUUCCAUAUGUUUCUCAUAGGGUUUGUUCAGAAAUUAACUUGCUACACUAGCAACAAAGCUAAUGUUUGAUUAGUGACGAACAUAGUGUGACUAGAUUGAUACUGGGUAUAGCCAUCUUGUUUCAGCAUAUUUAUAAAAUUUUCAGACCAAGCCUGGUUUACUGCUUUAGACGACAGACUUCCUAGAGUCUACAUACCUUCCACUAGUAUAUUUGUCCUCAAAUCCAAGAGGUAUGUCCAUGUACACCUCUUAUCAAGUACAAAUAAUGACAACCAAGAUUUGCUGCAACAGAGAGAUAUACACGAAUCAUAUUUAACUUGGCAACUGGAGCAAAUGUUUCAUGGCUAAAGGAUUCACCUAGGCUGGGUGAAUCCUUUAGCCAUGAGGCGAGCUUUAAACUGUUCUAUACUGACAUUCGGUUUGUGUUUCAUCGAAAAAUUUUAUUUGCGUCCAACCAUACGCCUGCCUGGGGGCAAAUUUGUAAGGAUCCACGUCCCAUUUUUUCUCAAGAACCUACAACUUCUCUAGUAUGGUUGUUUUCCAUUUACGUUUUUUGAAGGCUUUCUAAAUUGUGUUGGGAGUUUGUAUCGGUUUUGGUGAAGUCACAAAUGCUUUAAAAAUUAGUGACAGAUUAGUGUGGUCUUUGAUUGAGCGUUCUACUGUGCUCCUCUUCGUGUGCAUGCUCGACUGUUUUCCUUGUGUGUGAUAAAUGUCGGGUUUUAUGACGAGCUAUUGGAUUAAUGAUUUUGUCAGAUUGGUUUAUAUAUCCUCGGAUCUUCUCUUCCCAUCAUGACAGGGUUGUAUCAUAUAUCUUGCUAGACCUUUUACAAUGAUCACAAGUUGGUGUUCUACACUGGCACUGCAGAUAAUUUUUCCUUGAAGUUCUCCUGCAAGCUUCUUUUGAUUUUGAUACCCUCACUUUUGAGCAAACACCAUUAAAAUUAACUUAUGUUCAUCCUGCCUGUAUUUAGGAGAAAAUCCUUAAGAGUUAUGAGUGGAAGUGGCCGAAAACACUCGUCAAAGUGGGAUUUGAGAGAAGAUUCCCACUUUGAAGCUGAUAGUGUACAAGACCAUAGUUGGCCUGGAAAAGAAUCACGACCUGGUUGGAUUUCUGCUGAAAUAGCGAGUGAUGAUGGUUCCAAGUGGUCUGGUAUGGCGACUACCAAUACCGUUUCGAAACCUAUGCAAGAUUGGGGAUUGCUGUCAGAGGAGGAACCUUUACCUGGAACCAGAGCUUCGCUUAAGGAGGAUCGCCCUAACAAAGGCUAUAAUAAAAAUAUGGACGGCACUGCUGAAUGUGAUGCUGACAAAAGCUACGACACGAGAAUGUCCCCUGAUCUAGAUGGACGGAGAAGUCAUGGCUCUGACCUGUCUGAUAGAAAUGAUUGGAUCAGGUCAGUGAGGGGUAGGAGUAGAAGCCGCAGUUGGAGUAGAAGCCCUCCUCAUGGUAAUAAGCGGGACUCGGGAUUUCACGAUAGAAACCGAAAUAGAACACGUGUUUCUACUCAAUUGUGCAGAGAUUUUACUUCUGGAAGAUGCAGGCGAGGUAAUGGUUGUCAAUUUCUUCACCAGGACGAUCAAAAUCUGGACGAUAGCUUGGAAAAUAGGAACAGGAAGGGGGGCCGAUCGUUUAGAUCAAAUUCCCAUGAUUUUAAGGACCAUCCCAGGAGUGGAAGAUCAGCUGCUCAUUGUACUGACUUCGUGAAGGGAAGGUGUCAUAGGGGAGCCUCUUGCACGUUUUCUCACGACAGUGCAUUUCAUGAAUUAUCACGAGAUUCUCCAAAUGAUAUUGCUAGAGACAGGAAAAAUGAUCGGAGUAAAGAAGUGUACUUCUCACGUGGUGAGCGUGAACCUUGCAGCAGCAGUCUUGUUAUCUGUAAAUAUUUUGCUGCUGGAUCUUGUCGUAAUGGAAAAAAUUGCAAGUAUUCUCAUCAUAGCCAGCCACGUGCAAGUCCUGAGAGGAAGUCGAGUACUGAUAAAUGGGAACACGUCCAAUGUUCAGAUGGUAGGGAACAGUCGUGGGAUGGCUUAAAAUCGAGUGAAUUGGCUAGUGGUUCGGAUUUCACUCAGUUGAUUGAGGACAAAAAAGAAGAAACUGCUAGUGAAGAGCCAAGAUAUACAUGGCCUUCGGAUAAAAAAUGUGAUCAUGGUUUGAAUAAUGAGAGCAAAACUCGGUGGGAUCGAGCUGUUGAUAUCAAGACAGUGCGAAGCAACAAGAACGAUGCCAUUCCGAGCAAGGUAGAGAAUGCUGGUGGUUGCACAGGCAGUUCUGACCCUAGAGGUCACAGGAAGUGGCCAAGUGAUGAUAUGGAGAUGUCUCCUGAUUGGCACUACCCUGUGCAACCAUCCAAUCAUGUAGUGAAAGGCGAUUGCAACGUUAUGCAAGAUUCUGGCUCUCAAACUUCCACGGCUUUAGCCAUUAGCCAUGCGAUAGUUCAAGAGGCUCUGGCUAAGAAUCAAGACAUUGCCAUAGAGCCCAUAGUAGUUGAUAUUACUCAUUUUCGGAAAAACCAUACUUUAACGAAAGAUGAUACUAUUGCAUCAGCAUCCAAUGAUAACAUUACAAUUGACAGAACGGUUGCUUCACAUGCUGAAGGCAAUCCUUCGGGUAACGUUGUCCUUGGACAAAGAAUGGCAUAUCACAGUGACCAUCCCGACGGAACUGUAACGAAUCCGAAAAUUUCAGAUGGAAAUUUCAGAGUCAAACUGCAGAAGGAGGAUGAAAGCAUGCCAGGAAUUAAUUCUGGAACAACCGUUACUCCGAACAUAGUAACGAACGAUCAAAUUAGGCAAAUAACUGACCUUUCAGCUUCUCUUGCACAAUAUUUUGGAAAUGCGCAACCAUUGCCUCAAUUGUAUGCCUCCCUUAAUGCGCAAAGUGUGUCAGAAGCACCUUCGUUCCCUUAUUCGGACGCAUCCGUGGGUGCUUUGGGGGCAUCGAUGAAGACAGCUCCUGUUAUUGAAUCCUCAAAGCAACAUGAUUCUGCUCUCUGCAAUAGCUUACAGCUGAAGAAACUUGAAGUCACUAAAACACCACAGAAGAGCACUACAGAAGUGAAGGGUGAAGUACAGAUACCAAAUUUGCCUCUAUCAUCUGGUCCUUGUGGCAUCUCUGCUGAAGAAACUCUUCAUGGGAAGCCAACGGCUGAUGGUGAUGCUAUCAAAGAGAAGAAUGGUGAUGGCGAUAACGAGAACAAAACUGACCCAGCAACAAAUGAGGACUCUCAAAAGAUUGAUACGACAGAAAAUGCAAAUGGAAACGAUGAGAUCCAUGAUAAGAAGAAGAGUAAGGAUACGAAGGGAAUUCGUGCUUUCAAAUUUGCACUUGUGGAGUUUGUCAAGGAACUUCUAAAACCUACAUGGAAGGAAGGUCAUAUCAGCAAAGAUGUUUAUAAAACCAUAGUCAAGAAAGUGGUGGACAAAGUCACAGGCUCCUUGCAGGAUGGUCAUAUUCCUCAAACGCAGGAGAAAAUCGAUCACUAUCUUUCGUUUUCGAAAUCAAAGCUCACAAAACUUGUUCAGGCGUACGUGGACAGAGUUCAGAAGACGACCUGAGAAGGCGAGGUUAUCGAAGUAAAUUCUCGUGUUUUUCAUUUUUAAAAAUCAUCACCAUGUAUUAAUUUGUUAGAAUGCUGCUGAAUGAAAUAUGUCAUGUGUUACUAGUGUAGUGUAAUGUAUCUCCCAUUAGCAGCCUUUGGAAAUUUGUUGGUCUUCUAUUUUGUGCAUUCUUCCAUCUUUUAUUGUUGAAUCAAUGGCUAUCACUUUUCAAUA